AUGACCAAUGGAACUCCUUAUACAUCUUCAACUCCUGCUAUUUCUCGCACCGCCUUCCAUGAGGACGACUAUACUCAUCCAUGUCAUCAUCCCUAUGUGCAUCCAUCAGAUGUUUUGGGGACCUCGUUGGUCUCCACUCCGUUUGAUGGAACAGGAUAUGGUAGUUGGAGGCGUAAUGUCCUUGUUGCACUCUCAAUUAGAAACAAACUAGAUUUUAUAAAUGGAAACUACCAGAAGCCUUCAUCUACUUCACCUCUUGCCAGACAAUGGCAGAGUUGUAAUGACAUUGUCAUCUCCUGGUUGGUAAACUCCUUGUCUAAGGAAAUAUCUCGCAGUGUGGAGUAUUCAGAGUUUGCAAGGGAAAUUUGGAAUGAGUUAGAAGAGAGAUAUGGUAUGGCUGAUGGUGCUAGAGUUUUUGAACUUAAGAAAGAGGUGUGUUCUUGUGGGGCUAAGUCUGCAGAAGAUGAGGAACAGAGGGCUUAUCGGUUUUUAAUGGGUUUGAAUGAUACAUAUAUCCAAACCAGAGGUAAUAUUCUGAUGAUGAAGACACUUUCUUCAGUUGGAGCUGUGUAG